GGACUGUUGUUUCUCCCGCGAUAACCAAGAAACAAGGUUUGGAGUUUCUGUUUCCAUCCAUUCUUCAACUCUUCUUCGACUUCAUCACAUCCUCCGACAAUGGUCAACAAGGCUCCUAAACCAGCAAAAGCGCCCAAAGUCAACAAGCGCGCCGGCAGGGGUGCGCAAGCCAAUGACCCGUUUAUGGCCAACUUUCCAGAGGGCUCGCUCUUCGCACGCUCACAACAGUUUGUCAAAGAGAACGACGCUAAACCUUUCCGCGACUUUGCAUACAUGGUCUUCGUCAUCCUCGCCUUUUUUAUCUGGAGGCUUUAUGUCGCUGUCCAGAGUCAAGUCAGUGCCGCUAUCGGGAUCUGGAGCUUCUUUGUAUUUGGAACAGUCGUCGUGCUCAACAUCUGGACAUACUUCUUAGUCUUGAUCUGCGCCAAACGUGGAGGCGACAUUGGUAUUGUCAAGAUCACGGACGAAGAUAUUCAUCGUUUUAUGUACAUCUCAGGACUCUUUGGCGCAUGGGCUGCCAUCAUCUGUAAGUCUCAGGAAUACAGUAUCUAUAUUUUGGAUAUAGAUCGACCGAUCCAAAGUUCUUCUCCAAGGCCGUAACAGCUUCAGUUCUCAACACCUUCUGGGUUGCCAUUUUGGUCAAGUACUAUAUGUAAAAACAAGUACUGUUUAAACAUAUAUAAAAUAAAACCAUUUUGUUUUCUUUC